AAAAAAACAAAAAAACAAAAAAACAAAAUCAUCUCCCAAUUAAGCAUUGGCGGCAGAUUGUAAAACUCAAAAAAAAAAAAAAAAAUCCCGUAAAAGUGCAAAACCUAUUCCAAAGCUUUCCUGAACUCAACCUCUCACAGAACCUAAAUUCACCCCUCCCGCAAAAUCCAAACCAUAACCGCCCAUCACCAUAGUCUUCGCCGCCGCUGUACCUCCGCCGCUGUACCGCCGCCGCUGUACCGCCGCACCUCUGUUUCAAAAUCUGGUGAAGUCGAGGUUCCAUACUCCGAUUUUUGAGGUUGAUGGCAAGAAAGAAAAAGCGAGCAAGUCCCCUCGAGAUGAAGAGGCUUUGAUUGAAUGUGAGAAUUGCAGGGGUCGUACGGUGCUUAAAUUAGUUGGAAAUGUAAUUCGUAAGGGCAUUAAACUCCCCUUAGAAUGGAAUCGCAACAAAGUGCCGGUUGGGGAUAACAAAGAUUACUUCGCCUCUUACAUUGGUGUUGUUGUUCGUGAACGAGUGAACAUCAAUUUUACUGCGUGGGAUGAAGUUCCUAAAGUCAUCAAUGAAGUUUAUGACUAUAUUGCAAAGGGAUUCAUAGUGCCCGAAGAACGUAGAAGUUACGUGUUAGGGCGAGCUUCAAUUCGGUGGAGAUGUUUCAAGGCUAGAUUAAGGAAAGUCUUCAUGUACGACUCCAAGGAAGAGAAUGAAAAUGUGAUAAUAAGGACUCCACCUUCGUUGUAUGGAUGGAUAACGCAAACUGAUUGGGACACAUUCAUUGCAACAUAUACUGAUCCUAAGUUCAAGGAACUAAGUGACUUGAAUUCAGAAAGGGCAAAAAAAAUACUUCAAGAUAUCGUGGAGGUCGAAAAGGGUACUUGUAUUAUGAAGCAGAGAUUGCUGACGAGCUUCAGAAAUAAGAAAUCCAAGUUGCUGAUGUGCCUCGACAUCUGGUUUGGAUAAGAGCCCACUCUAGAGAAGAAAAUGGUGUGAUAACCUUUGACAAUCCCGUCGAUUUGGAAAUAGCUAAAGCAAUUAAAGUAUUAGAGGCACAACAAAUCCAAGGAGAAAUUGAUGCCAUUGGCCGAAAUGAUAUCCUAGCAAGAUCAUUAAAGACUCCUGAACAUGGAGGUUGUGUUAGGGGUGCUGGAUCAGGUGUUACCAAUAAGCAAUACUUUGGUUACAACAAACCCACACCAUCUAGUCAAUUGCGCUCCGAACUCAAUGGUGUCAAAUCAGAAUUAACUGUUAUGAAAAACACUCAGGAUUUGUUGUUAAAUUACUUAAUGUCUAUUGGUCAGCUCAACCAAGACCAACUGAAACAAUUUGGUGAUGGUGGUGGUAUCCAAGGGUUAGGGUUCGGGGGUGCCAAGUCUGCCCACUUUCAUAGUACAAAUGGCCAAACACUUCAAGGUGCCUGUUUCCAAUUAUCCUUAAAACAGAAUACAGUGCAACAGCAAGAAGAUGGUGCUUGGCCUGAGCAUGAGAAUGUGCCUGACAGCAACCAAGUUAGUCGUCGUUUAGAGGGUUUCCAAGAGGGUGGGUUUGGUGGCAGUCAAGGAUUAGGUGGUAUGUUAGGGAGUACGAGUGACCAAAGACUGCAAGGUGCCAACUUUCAACUUGCCUCAAAACAGAAUAAAGUUCAAGUUCCAGAAGUCCAAACUGAGGUGUACCAUGUUGCUUGGCCUGAUCCAGAGAAAGAAUACGUGCCUGAAACUGAGUUUGUACUUUCUACACUGAGCAAGUCAAUGAUCAACCAUUUCCCCAGGGUGUUAGCAGUUUAUGUUCCUUGGCGAUUGAGAAUGACAAAGGUGUCCAUAUAGUUGCCGUUGGAGAAGUGUACGUUGGUAGGGAAGGAGAAGUGGUCAAGAAUCAUUUCAAAACCGUGCCUAGCGGUCAUUAUCGAGUUUUUAUUAAAGAAGAUAUCAACUCAAGUGCGGAAUUGCCAUGUCCCGACGGGGAAAUAAAAUUCGUUUGUCAAAGCUCGGGUAGAUUUUUAAUAUGGCCUGCUCAUUUGGUUUUUCCUUUAAAGAAGGCUGCUGAUAAACAAAUAACAAAGGAAUUCACCGCGCCAUCUCCACGCUCGCCAUCUCCACGCUCGCCAUCUCCACGCUCGCCAUCAUCACAGUCAUCAUGCACUCGAAAGUAUACGAUCACUCCAACUGAUAGGUUAAAGUUGACUUCUAAUUUGGUUAAAGUUUUCAAGGAUGUAGCUAUUGGAAUGAAAAAGAGCGGAAAAACCAAAUCCUUCACGAUCCCGGCUAGAGUGUUCCUAAAUGAGCAAUGUGUUAGCCUUGAUUAUGAAGACAUGCUUGAUUGGUGCUUUCAAAGAGAGAUAAGAUCAUCUCACAUGUUGAUUUUAAUGAUGCAUCUGAGUGAGAUGGUUCUCAAAGAUGGCAUAUCUGGGCUAUAUGGAUUUUGUGACUCCACCUAUCUAUCCCCGCUAAGACGUGUGGAAAAAGAAGAUGAUCGAUGUGACUAUUUAUAUAGGGUAUUUGCGUGCAAUGAUGGCAAAAAUAAAUAUCAAAUAUUCUUCUUGCCCUAUAUAGAAGAUCGGGAUUGGAUGUUGGUUGUUAUUUGUCCAUGGAUUGCAUUGGUUCAGUGGUUAGGUCCACUUGGAGCACAAAAUGAACCUCCCGAAUUUUCUCAAAUAAUAAUCAACAGGGCAAUCAUCAAAUUUAGCGCGGAAUACCGUAAGGAUAUCCCAAAAAUAAAGAAGAACCCUUUCAUUAAGUGGCAAAAAAUUGAGUGCCCACGCCAACCUCCAGGCUCCAAGGAAAGUGGAUAUUAUGUUGGUCGCUACAUGAUUGAAACAAUAGCGUUGAGACAAAUGUUCAUUCCUGAAAAGUAUUUUACCAAAACUCCCACGUAUUCUCAAACUAGGAUUGACGAGCUAAGGGAGAGGUGGAUUUCAUACGUUACCGAAUAUCACCAACCAAAUAACGAUGAAGAUGAUGAUGACGAUGAUCUAGUGUGACUUAAGCUAGCUGAGAUGGUUGUUGCAGAGUCUGUUCCUGCUGCAGACAAUGAUGUUCCUGCUGUUACGGUGUUGUUAUGUUGCUGUUACGCUGCUGUUCCUGCUGUUGUUCCUGCUGCAGACUCUGUUGCACCUGCUGAAGGGGCUGCUGUUGCUGGAGAAUUUGUUCGCUGUUGCUGUUGAGUUUUAUUUUUAUUUUAUUUUAUUUUAUUUUUUUAUAUUUACAGUGAUAUUGGAUUUCUAUUUUUGCCGUACCUUGGGUAGAUUUUUUUUUUGCCGUACCUUGUGUAGAUCAUUUAUUUUGUUAUUGAAUGAAUGAAUAAUAUUAUUUUGUUAUUGAAUGAAAGGAUUUUUGGAAA